CGACCCACAUCCCCCGUCUCGACUCGUCGCGGGAGGGCGCAGAUUUCCAAAAGCUUGUCGUCGUUAGAGAUGCGGCGUCCACUCAUUCCUUUCGUCAAAGUCUUUCGCUCGUGCUAUUUCCACGCCAUGGCUCCCGUUCGCGAUCCCCGCCCAGUCGUUAUUUCGGGCCCGUCAGGCGUCGGCAAGGGCACCCUCUACAAACUGCUUUUCCAAAGACACCCCGACACCUUCACGCUCUCCGUAUCGCACACUACACGCGGGCCCCGACCCGGCGAACACGAUGGGGUCGACUACCACUACGUGACAAAGGAGGCGUUCCUGGAGCUGAAGGCUAAGAACGGGUUUUUGGAGAACGCGCAGUUUGGCGACAACUUCUACGGCACGUCGAAAGCCACGAUCGAGGAGCAGACCGCCAAGGGCAAGACCGUCGUUCUGGACAUUGAGGUGGAGGGCGUGAAGCAGAUCCGGGCUUCGGGCUUCCCGGCUCGCUACGUCUUCAUCGCUCCGCCAUCGGAGGAGGAGCUAGAACAGCGGCUGCGCGGCCGUGGGACGGAGAAGGAAGAGUCCAUUCAGAAGCGCCUCAACCAGGCCAAGGUGGAACUGGAGUACUCCAAGGUCCCCGGCAUUCAUGACAGGAUCAUCGUGAACGAUGAUUUGGAGAAGGCGUAUAAGGAGCUUGAGGAGUUCGUCUUUGCGGAACCCACAGCGAGCGCUUAGAUUCCCAUGAUUUCGUAUUUUUGAGAUAGACUGUUUUUAUGGGCAAGGUAUUUUGAUCAACGACCGGCAUUCUCAAGUGCGGCUCUGCUUCGGCCUCUUUCCCGGCUCCAGCGUGCCGCGGAUGCAACACAAAUAUAACGAUAUUGACCGAA